UAUAAAGCAGGGAACAUGACGAGCAAACUGUUUAUUUCGGUUACUCCAGUAUUCCAGCAACAGAAUGUGGAUGUGUUAUUUGUAGGAGAAAUACUAAUGUCCGUCAUGGAAGUCUUCUCUUCAUCCUUCUUGGUCUUUAUCAUCGUCCAACUCUUUUCUUCAGGCAGUGGUGCUGCUGACCUUUGUGGGCAUAGCGGGCGACUUAUUAAGAAUGUCGCAGAUUCAGCAGACAGAAACACUGCAACGCUGCGAUAUCGAGGUCGGGGCACCGUGGAGUUUACCAUCGUACCGCCUAAACACACUUACAUCAUCGCACUGAACGAGUAUCAGAUAAUUAUAACUACGACUCACGACUACUGGGCAAAUUUUACGCAUCCCAACUUCACAAAUUCCCUCGUGCAUAAUGCAACCAGCAGCUUAAGCAUGUCAAAAAAUCCCUGGCUGCGCAUUUGGCUGUCGUUUUCCGCUAGAAAACCGGCUUUCAUCAAGCUCGGAUCUGGGGAUCUGAUGCAUUCCAAUACCAUUAUGCAGUUCUCCCCAAAUUACGUGGACUAUAAGGAAGAUCCCUUUAUCAGCCAGUUAACCACUAUCCGAUUAGAUAGUAGUGUCAACCUGUACAAAGAUACUCAACCCCGUGUCACAAUGGACCCCAUCAUUCUGGAUCCAUCACCCUUCCUCAUCCCGCCACAGUUGCGCGGGCGCCAACACGAUCAGCUGCACGAUGAGCACUUCUAUCUGCCGGUAGCGCGCCUACCGUGGGCGGCAAGAGGUCUCUUUGAACAAGUGCAGAAUUUCGAGCUCAGUGAUACGGAGAUCAAGGCCAUACAGUACUCGGUCACGACGGAAGGGAAGUUUCUCUUUAAUGUCAGACAGCAGAAAGUGCUAGCUGGCCAUUUUCCCGGUUAUUUGCGGGCGGAUAUGCAGGAACCGCGACGUACAGCACCCGGCCAGGAAAUGGUACUGGAAAUUUGGCUGCCGGGGCAAAGUAGUCCUAUCCACAAUCAUGGAGAGACAUCAGGGAUCAUCAAGGUACUUCACGGUAAAAUCGACUCAGAAUGGUUUAAUCCAAUCAUGCCUAAUAUCAGUGAAUGGGCAGUCAGAAUUCACGGUCCUGAACGGCUGUAUGCCGGCAAUUAUACUUGGCUAACAGAGUCUAUCUACCAGACGCAUAAGCUCACCAAUCCAGACCCGGUGAACGUGGCUAUAUCCAUACAAGCGUAUGGCUACGAGGACGACGUCGAGGAACCGGUAGAAUAUUUCUUCUACAUUCCAGAGUCAUGCAAUCCCCAUAUACCUCACAGCACCUGUUAUAUGGAUUUUUUCCCCGAAUCGGAUUUCACCUUUGAGGACAUUACCGGCACUGUCAUGCGUGAGUAUCAGCAGUUCCUACAGGGAGGCGCGGCAGGUGUUGCGAAGUUUCCCUACUUUGUUGCCUUCGGAUGUAUUGCCUUUUUGCUGUGUUUGCGUUCUGAAUUUGUAACGGAAUUCUAAUAAUAGUAAGCUCUUGAUAUUUGUGAGAUGAGUUCUCUGCGAAUCCACAGUUCUUGUUAGCAUUUUUUAUUUCCGGCUUUUUCAGACCAGACCACGAUUUGCACACGUGUGCCUGUCAUGCUCAGUAACGUAGUACUGUAACUUUUUCAUGGGAAUUUAUCAACUUUCAUAUUUGUAUUACUUAUCUCAUCACGCCGAACGAAUG